AUGAUGUCCUUUCUUAGGACACCUUUGGAUUAAUCAUGAAAAUAACUAUGCUCUGAGCAGCUGUUGGUAGUUUAAACCUCCUUGGUCUCUUGCUGAUUGUGUUAGUGACUAGCUGUUGUGUUCACAGGUGACUCGUCAAGAUGGUUCGCUACUCUCUUGACCCGGAAAAUCCCACAAAAUCUUGUAAAUCACGAGGUUCAAAUCUUCGCGUUCACUUUAAGAACACCCGGGAAACUGCCCAGGCCAUCAAGGGCAUGCACAUCCGCAAAGCUACCAAGUACCUGAAGGAUGUCACUUUAAAAAAACAAUGUGUGCCAUUCCUUCGGUAUAAUGGUGGAGUUGGUAGGUGCGCCCAGGCCAAACAAUGGGGCUGGACACAGGGACGGUGGCCAAAGAAGAGUGCAGAGUUUUUGCUGCACAUGCUUAAAAAUGCAGAGAGUAAUGCAGAACUUAAGGUACCUAAACCAUUGCUGUCCUGUUAUAUCUUGAGGUCAGUCUGGUCUACAUAGUAAGAAACUGCCUUU